CGAUUUUAGCCCGUCUGUGGCCUACCUUCGACCGUAUUAAAAUCAAAUCUUUAUUAUUUAUUUAAGUUUAAAACAACAUUAUUAAUAUUCUAAGUGCAAUCUCAAUUUCGGUUUUACCUAAAUGGAUUAGGAAGUCUUCUUUAAAUCAAACAAUAAUACUUAAAAUGUCUGAAGAAAAUUCAAAUUCUAACCAAUCUCCACCAAUAAAUAAUAAAGAAGAGAGGAGAAAAUUAAAAAUCCUCGCUUUUCAUGGAUACAGACAAAAUGGCACUGUUUUUAGAGCAAAAAUUGGAUCGUUUCGUAAAGUUGUAUCAAAAUAUGCUCAAUUGGUUUUCAUUUCGGCGCCUCAUAAAGUUUUAGUUGAAGAUGGAGGUAGUGAUGAAGAUGCGCGAUCAUGGUGGUUUAACGCUGAAGAUAAUACAUACAGUGGUAAAUGCUUGGGCGGACCAGCUAUUGGUUUUGAGGAUACAUUAGAGUUAAUAGAAGAUGUGGUCAAGGAGUAUGGACCAUUUGAUGGGUUUAUGGGGUUUUCACAAGGCGCCUGCCUUGUUGGAUUGUUAGCUGCUAUGCAACAAAAAGGAUAUUUGCCAUACAAAUUUAACUUUGCAAUAUUUGCAUCAGGAUUCCGGUCUGGUAGUUUAGUUCACAAGGGUUUCUAUGAUGAGGACAUAAAUUUACCAUCUUUACAUGUUUAUGGUGAAAGUGAUUCAAUUAUUCCUAAAGAAAUGAGUGAGUCCCUCAUAAAUCUAUUUGUUAAGCCAAUAAUUGCUGAACAUUCGGGGGGGCACUAUGUGGCAUGCUCUGGCUCUAUAAAGGAUGCUUAUUUAGAUUUUUUACAUGAUAGGUACCAAGAUAUAGUAGAAAAGCAAGAACAGGAAAAGAAGCCAUAGAAUAUUAGUAUAGAUUGUAAAUAUGAGCAAGUGUUUGGAAUAAAGUGUGUCUGACAUUAAUAUUAA